AUGUUUGUGAAACCGUUGUGCUCACUUUCAGCCUCCACAUGCCAACAAUAUGAGGAUCAUAAACGAUGGGAGACAGGAUCUCAGCAUUCUGAAAGUUCAUUCCCAACUGCUUCCAUGGUUGGUGCCUUUCCAAUGGUUCAUGAUCUUCCUCCACUUCAGCAACCAGAAGUUCCUCAGAAUAAUCACAUGUUGCAUGUUCAUAGAAGCGAACCAGAAGUUCCUCAUCAUCAUGCUCAGACAUUGCAUGCUCAUAGAAACGAAUCAGAAGUUCCUCAUCAUCAUGCCCAGACAUUGCAUGGUCAUAGAAAUGAACCAGAAGUUCCUCAUCAUGCUCACAUGUUGCAUGUUCAUAGAAAGCAGAAGCAGAAGCUCCUCACCAUGCUCAAAUGUCGAAUGUUAACGCAUAUGCUGCUUCCAAUCAUUCUCUUGAAUCAGAUGAUCAUGAUGAUGAUGAUGAGAAGAAGCACAUACAUGGACAGAAGAUGA